UAAUAAUAUUAUUACAAUAAUAAUAAUGAAAUUAUCAUAUCGCAGUUAUCACAAUGACUUCUUAUCUUUUUUUAUUGUCAACAAACUUAAAGAUAUUAAAUUUGUGUGGCCGAGAAUGUGAGUGAAAGUGAAAAGCUACAGUGACCGACAAGCCAUGGCCCAACUAACAAGUGUCAUUUUAAUAAUAAUAUUUAUAACUUUUUCAACAACAAUAACAACAACAAAUGGUGCACGAAUACUUGCUAUUUUUCCGUACCCAUCACACAGUCAUCAAAUAAUUUAUCAUGAGGUGACAAUAGCAUUGGCAAAUCGGGGUCAUGAAUUGACAGUAUUUACUGCCGAUCCAAUGAACAAAAAAAUUACAAAUUAUACAGAACAUUCAUUGAAUAAACUCUACAAUGUUUUAAAAGAUAAUUUAAAUUUUGUUGAAGUUCAAGAAAAUGGACUUUUUUAUUUCUUUGAUAGACUGUACAAAAUAUGUGGAAUAUUUGCUGAUGAAACAUACUCACAUCCUGAGAUGAAAAAGAUUUUAUCAUCAACAGAACGUAAAAAUAAAUUUGACUUUAUUUUAAUGGCAACUAAUCAUUGGGAUGGACUAUAUUAUUUAUCAGAUUUAUUGGAUGCACCAAUGAUUGGAAUAACAUCUUUACCUGGUCUUGCAGUGAGCCAUCAUAAAAUGGGUAAUCCACUAUUUUCAUCUUAUCUACCAGACACAAUGCUUGGCUAUACAGACAACAUGACAUUUUUAGAAAGACUCCAUAAUUUUUACUACAACGCUCGUCAAAUAUUUGAAUAUCACACAAUAAAUUUACCAAUUCAAGAGAAAGUUUUAAAAAAACAUUUUGGUAAUGAUAUACCAAAUGUUAGUGAACUAUCAAAACGUUUGAGUAUGUUAUUUAUAAACACUCAUCCAUUUUUCAAUUAUCCAAGACCAAUGGUACCAGGAAUAAUACAAAUUGGUGGAUUACGACUUGGCAAAAUGAAUAAAACAUUACCUGAUGAUUUAAAAAAAAUUCUUGACAAUGCUAAACAAGGUUUUAUUUAUUUUAGUCUUGGAUCAAAUAUAAAAAGUAUUCAUUUACGUGAAAAUACAUUGAAAUCAUUUAUGGAAGCAUUCGGUGAAUUGCCAUAUCAAAUUUUAUGGAAAUUCGAAGCUGAUAAACUUGUUGGAAAACCGAGUAAUGUACAUAUACAAAAAUGGAUACCUCAACAGGGAGUUUUAGCUCAUCCAAAUAUCAAGUUGUUCGUGUAUCAAGGAGGAGCUCAAAGUACUGAAGAAGCGAUUUCAAAUGGAAUACCAAUUUUAGGCUGUCCAUUUUUUUCAGAUCAAUGGUAUAAUCUUAAUAUUUUAAUGAACAGAGGUGCUGCUAGAGCUUUGGAUAUCAAUAAUAUUGACAAAGAAAAAAUUAAAAAUGCAAUCAUUGAGAUGGUGUCUAACGAAAGCUAUCGAGAUAACAUAGUUAAAUUGCGAGAGCUAAUGAUGGAUCGUCCACAAUCAGCACUUGAAGAAGCAAUCUGGUGGAUUGAGCAUGUCAUAAGACACAAUGGUGCAACUCAUCUUCGCACACGUUCAAUUGAUUUACCCUUUUACAAAAUUGAAUUGUUUGAUGUAUACUUGUUUAUUCUAGCUAUAUUUAUUUUUAUAUUUUUUCUUGGUUGGGAAUUACUUAAAUUAUCUUUUUCUACUAUCGAAAGAGUUCUUGAAUAUUCUUUUAAAAAGAAUGAUUUUUUUAAAGCAAAAAAAUUUAAUUGGUAA